AAAAUGGAUUAUUAAUGAGUGGAAACAUUUUGGGGACGAAUUUGAGAUGGUUCAAGAUGUUGAUAAAUACAUCAGCAUGGAAGAAGAGUUACUUCAAGAGAUUUUACAAGAUGCCGAAGCCGAGUUCGCGAUUCUGGAUGGCAACUACAUGCCAUCAUUUUUCCCUCAAGAAUACUCAGAAGAUCAGAGUCCUAUUAUGAUGGAUUUGGAUGAAAUCGACCCAGACAGUUAUCGGACAUAUGAAUUCGACAUCAGGAUGUUCGAAGAUAUGAAUUGCUUUGCUUGUCAGAGUCAUCGAUUUUUGCCAUCUGAUGAUUCAAAAGCAAUUUGUUGUCCAAACUGUGAAUUUUCGUUAAAUAACGAA